GCUACUUCGCUUUCUGAGGUUCCUGGUUGUUUUGAGGGAAGCGGAAGUUUUUUUGUUUUGGUGGCGCUGGGCCUUGUGGGAAGGCCGGCGUCGCCUUGCGCCUGGGGCAGCCCGCGAGGGAGGGAGGAGGAGGAGAGGCGCGCGAUGGCCGUGGAGGCCCCUCCCGUCGCGGUUCAGAACGAGGCCGAAGGGUGCGUAUGGUCGUGCGUGGAGAGGAGAGGCCUUGGUGUCAACUGGGCAUGAGCUAGAAUAUUUUCCCAGCUUUUAUGAAUGAUGAAAUUCUCGCAAGAUUGUGAUAAUUCACAGAAUUGCGUCGAAGCAGUGUGCUCCAAGAAGACUACUUUUCGAGGCUCCUUUUUGCAAAUGACAUUCUUAUUAUUCCUUGUAUACUUUUACAGUUACUCUGCAAAGAUAAUUUAUAUUGCUUUCAAUUAAAGAACACUAGAACAGCACAGUUAAAAAUGGAAUCCUAUUUAAUGGAUUCACAUAUAAUGAUAACAUUUCACAGGCCCUAAAAGACAGAGAACUUACAAUCAGUCUUUGAAAGCUGAUUUUGAGAUGUAGUUAAAAUGGUAAUUUAUUCAAAUAGAGGAACAGUUUUCUAUCCAUGUCUACAAAAUAGAUAAGCCUAUUCUUGCUAGAAUCAUAACCUUUUUAACCAUGGCAGCUGCUACAAUAGUUCAUGAUACUUCCGAAGCUGUGGAGCUCUGUGCUCCAUAUGGACUAUUCCUCAAGCCCAUUACAAAAAUGACAAUCAGUGUGGCACUUCCACAGUUAAAGCAACCAGGAAAGUCUAUUUCCAAUUGGGAAGUGAUGGAAAGGCUGAAAGGAAUGGUGCAAACACAUCAAUUCUCAACUUUACGAAUUUCCAAAAGCACCAUGGAUUUCAUUCGCUUUGAAGGAGAAGUGGAAAAUAAGGGUCUAGUUAAAUCCUUCCUUACAUGUCUAGAUGGCAAAACUAUAAAACUAAGUGGUUUUUCGGACAUUCUCAAAGUUCGUGCUGCAGAAUACAAAAUUGAUUUUCCUACUCGACAUGACUGGGAUUCCUUUUUUCGUGAUGCAAAAGAUAUGAAUGAAACUCUGCCAGGGGAAAGACCAGACACUAUUCAUUUGGAGGGUUUGCCUUGUAAAUGGUUUGCACUGAAAGACUCUGGCUCAGAAAAACCAAAUGAAGAAGUUCUUAUUAAAGUGUUUAACAAAUUUGGGGAAAUUCGUAAUGUGGACAUUCCCAUGUUGGAUCCAUACAGGGAAGAAAUGACUGGAAGAAACUUCCAUACAUUCAGUUUUGGAGGGCAUUUGAAUUUUGAAGCUUAUGUUCAAUAUGAGGAAUAUGCAGGCUUUAUCAAGGCUAUGAAUGCUUUGCGGGGGAUGAAGCUAAUGUACAAAGGUGAAGAUGGCAAAGCAGUGGCUUGCAACAUAAAGGUUUCAUUUGAUUCAACAAAGCAUCUGAGUGAUGCUUCAAUUAGGAAACGUCAGCUUGAAAGGCAGAAGCUUCAAGAGCUUGAAAAGCAAAGAGAAGAGCAAAAACGUAAAGAAAAAGAAGCAGAGGAAAGGCAAAAAGAGGAGGAAAGAAAACAAAAAGAACUUGAGGAAUUAGAAAGAGAGAAAAAGAGAGAAGAAAAAUUGAGGAAAAGAGAGCAAAAACAAAAGGAUCGUGAAAUUCGUAGACACAAAAAAAGACUUGAAAAAAUACAGGCUGAAGAGCAAAAAAGGCUGCAAGAAAAAAUAAAACUUGAAGAGAGGAAGCUUCUCUUAGCUCAAAGAAAUCUUCAGUCCAUUCGACUAAUUGCCGAACUACUGAGCAGAGCAAAGGCAAUAAAAAUUUUGGAACAGGAGCACAAUGAAGAAAAAGUCCGCCUUCAGCAGUUGGAAGAUAGGAGAAAACUGCAGGAAGCUGAACUCCGAAGAGUAGAGGAAGAAAAAGAGAGAGCUCUUGGGCUGCAGAGGAAAGAGAGGGAGUUGCGUGAGAAACUAUUAAGUAAUCUUCUGAACAAGAAAAUAGAAACAAUCCAUCUUAAAAAGACUGUACCUAGCACACUGCAGUGUACCCCUUUGAAAACUCUUCCUUAUGCUCCUCACUCUUUCAAACCUACCUCAGUUCCUCCCAUUUUGGCUAAACCAGUGUUGCUGUCUCAAAACACCACAGCAGCUAAUGAAGAUCUGGGUUCUCAGCCCAAGUAUUUAAAUGGAAGCCUUCAUGAGAAAGUUCUUCUCAAAGAGCCUAAGGUUAAUGUCAGUGACCGAGAAACAGUUUUUGAUGAAAGUGCUACCAGUGUCCUUUCAUGUAUAACACCAAAUCAGCAGCAUAGGAGCUCAACUGAUCAUGAGCUGAAUGUCUACAAAAAGGACUUUGUACCAGAACAAGGCAAGUGUAACAUAGAACCCAGCAGGGGAAGGAGUCACUCAUAUAAAGACACACAGAACCAUCACAGCAGAGACAAAAUAGAAAAAAGUAGGCAUAGAAGAGACUUGAGUAGCGAGGAUGAAAAAUGCAGAAAAGAAAGACGCCUCCAUAAAAAAUGUUCCACAAAAAACAGCAGUCCUCACCAGAGAAGUUCAAGUCGAGAAUAUGCACAGUAUCAGAGCUCCUCUAGUAGAGACAGGGAGCAGGAUAAAAGAGGACGUAGCCAUGGCCACAAAAGUGUGGGCAAGAAACAAAAAUACCGGAAGAGAUCUUUGAGCCACCAGAGAAGCACUUGGAGUAGGUAAUAAAGGACUUUAUUUUUUGCAAGGGCUAUCCCAGAGAUGACUGGACUAGAUUCUUCCUCUUUCUGGCCUGGAGGUGAAAAAAAUAACUUAUUGAAAAAUUUACUUGAAUAUAGUUAAUGGAGUCAAAAAACCAACAACAUAUCGACAUGCUUUUCAGAUUCUUUUUAACUUUUUAAGCUGUCAACUCUGUUGACGUCCUUACAUUCUGGUCGCUCUUAUCCAAGCAUUCUGGUUAAUAACUACCCCUCAUUAGGCAUUCAGCAUUUCAUUUUUUAAAAAAUCUUCAGUUGGAUCCCUUUUAACAAUCACAGCAAUCUUUCCUAAGACAUAAACUAUCAUGUCUGUCUGUGAUAGGAAAUAUAAACUUGACUCGAAGCUGCGUACUUGAUUCAUAGAUCUCCAUAAUUCCAUGCAAGAUUUAUUGCUAUCUCAAUUGGUGCUAGAUGCAACCAUAUUUUUUAUACAGUGCUGUGUUGCUGCCUUUGCUAUUUUUGACAGCAGACUACUUAAUAGAUUGUUGCAGGGCCUGGAUGGCCAUGGUGUUCGCAAUUUUACUUGUUUAUGUUUUGUUUCCAAAUAAAGAUGCCAGUUUUGGAUGCCUUGAGAAA